CCAUCAUAUCCCGUCCCGCUCCUCCUCUGCUUCCACCCCGUACUUCAACGUCCGGACCAGUACUUCGCACACCACUACACUCCCACUCUGUCUUGCGAUUCUCUAGCGCCCUCAUCAACCUUGUCGGCGUCCGUCUCCUCCUCGCCAACAUGGCUUCCCGGAAGGCCAAGCCCGGCGCCUCGGCCGCCGACGACAACCUCGACGAGCUGUUCUCGGGCAUCGGCGACGAUGCCAAGACCAAGAAGCCUACGGCCAACCCCAAGGCCUCCAAGCCCGCCAAGGCCAAGGCGGCCGGCGAUGACGAUAUCCUCGCCGACCUCGAGUCCCAGCUUGCCUCGGAGCAGCCGUCGUCCCGCCCGCACACACCCCGCCUCAAGGAGGGCGGCUUCAGACGUCCUGCCGCCACGCCCCCGGCCGUCGACGACAAGCCGGUCCCGGGUGGCAGCCGCAAGUCCACCGACAGCAGCCGUAGCCUGAGGGCGAGCUUCACCCCCAGCGCCACGAGCUCCGAGCUGCACGAGGCCGAGAGGAAGGGCCCCGUCGAGCAACAGCAACAACAGCAACAGCAGGCGACGGGCGGCGGCUGGUGGGGCGGCAUCUUGUCUACAGCCACGGCGGCCAUGAAGCAAGCCGAGGCCGCUGUCAAGGAGAUUCAGCAGAACGAGGAGGCCAAGAAAUGGGCCGACCAGGUCAAGGGCCUCCGUGGCAUUGACGUUGGUACCUUGAGAAAUUACGGCGAUGAACUUCGAAGCCGUGCUCUCCCGACUUUUACCAACAUACUGCACACCCUUGCCCCGCCCAUCAGCUCCCACGAGCGCCUCCUCAUCCACAUUACGCACGACUUGGUCGGCUAUCCGUCACUCGACCCCCUCAUCUACGGGGUCUUCUCCCGGGUCAUGUCGCAGGUCGAGGGCGGCGACCUCCUUGUCGUUCAGCGCGGCCACGAGAGCAGCUCUCGGCGGUCCAACGACGUCGCCGCUGGCUGGCGCGACGGUCCCUGGUGGAGGCAGACCGAUUCUCUCCGCGAGCUGGGGCUCGUAAAGGGUAUGGUCGAGGGCACCAAGCUGUGCCGCGCGGGCGCCGAAUCGUAUGCGUCGGAAUAUUUUGCAAGCAGUGGUGGUCUGGAGCAGGCCAAGAUCCGAGCCACAGAGAACCUGAGCGAGAGCAACCCUGUCCGGACGUCGGACCUCUUUCUGGCCGUGCAGGCCAUAAAUCUGGACGGUGACAAGACGCUCUUCGCGCGUACCGCAUCGGCUGAGAAGGAGAAGGAGUCUACUACUGUCAAGGAGCAGGAGGAAGAGGACGAGCAGGUCUGCUUCGCCGUGUUCGUCCUCGACCCCGUGCACGAGAUUGAGUUCUCUACCGUAAGCCAGGGCGUGCCCGCCAAAUGGAUCCGAUGGCUCGACGCGCCGUCACCCUUGACGCCCCGGUCAGCCGACGAGGGCGCGGAUACCUUUGAGAGCGGAAUCCCGGACGAGAUCAAGGAGAUUCUCGACGACGGGGGCGUCGAUCCCAGGGAAUGGGUGGCCGAGUGGAUCGAGGAGACGCUCAGUCUCUCGGUGGGCAUUGUCGCGCAGCGGUACGUUGCGCGGAGAAUGGGCGUGGGCGAAGGCGGCCUCGGUAGGGGCAAGAAGAGGGUCGAGGAGCUGGUGCAGGAGAACGCCGGAGAGGCGGCGCGGGCAGGCAUUCUCUGAUUAUUCUUUUCCAUAUCUUGCCGAUUCGCACGGCGGUGUCCCUUUUGGCAGUAGGUGUCUUUUUUGGCAGUACGAAGGGGGAACAUGGAUGGAGGGGGUUACGAUGGCUUCUUGUACGGAACAGUUCAAAUACCACACAAUGCGUGAAGCUUCCACCGUCAAGUGUCGCGCACACGCGACGCAUCUUAGCACACUGACGGACGAGGACUUGGUUGGCACACUCCAACAGCCCCAUCCAUCAUCACAGCUCGUCCGCCCUGUUCACCGUGCCCGCCUUGCGCAGCUCACCUCUCGCGGCGCGCGUCGCGCCCUCCAUGCCGACCCUCCGGAGGGGUC